AUGUACAGGAAGUUGGCUCCGCAUUGCACCAUUAAUCAAGCGGAGUCUUUGGCCAUCAGUAAUGCCAUCGAUUGGAUCUCCAACACGAAUCAUAACCGCACUAACCACAACUUCAGAAUCUAUACUGACAGUAGCAUUGCGCUUCAACAGAUCGCCAAAAUAAACACCACUCUACCCAUUGUGAAGAAAUGUCUUGGCAAUCUUCAAGCCCUGAAGAAAGGAAACAUUAACGUCUACUUUCACUGGAUUAAAGGUCAUUCAGGGAGUGCAGGAAAUGAUAGGGCUGAUCUCGCUCGUUGUGCAUCCGCAAAAUUUAAUAGCUGCACCUACAACAAGAUAAGUAGUAAGCAUCUGAACAAUCUUAUCCACAACAUCAUUCUAAAGACUUGGCAGGUCAGGUGGGACAAUGGUUCUACUUGGAGGCUUACCCACUGCUUUUUUCCUUGCCCCACUGACAGCAUGCUUCAUCCAAGAUAUCCCACAUUUCAGUUGACACAGCUCCUAACUGGUCACGGAAACCUGAACACGUACCUAAAAAGGUUUCUCAAUAAAACGGACGGGCUCUGUGACUGCGGUUUGAAGGAGGAGGAAGAUCCUGAGCACAUAAUCUUCUUCUGCCCAUACUACUCUAGGCAACGCAAGGAGUUAAUUCGUACCAUCAAGGACAACGGCUUCCACUGGCCCUGCAUGCUUAAGGACUUGAUUUCUGACAAGAAAAACUUUUCAGCGAUAAAAAGAUUUGCUACAGGUAUCAGGAAGCUCGACUAG